AUGGCUUUAGCUCCUCCAAAUGGUGGAGAGAGACUGGAAUUUGACGAUGAAGAAGUCGAGCGAGAGGAGUUUCAACUCGAUGAACUAUUGCGCGAAUUUCAAAACGAGCCGUCGAUUCAGCACCGCCAGUUGCCUGAGACUGAUGACGAAGCAGAAGAUGAUGGCGAAGCUAGAGCUGAAGCAGGCGGUGAAGGUCGAGAGAGAAUGGUCACGAGAAUAAGUCGUGGUGAUGGGUCAUUUGUACAAAGACCAGACUUUCUUCAACGGAGUAGCUUUCAAAGAGAGUGUCCUCGACUACGCCCUUAA